AUGCCUAGGGAGAUCUCUGCGUGCUUGCAAAACAAACUUUUGGCUCAGAGCGGUGUGGGCUACUUCAUUAACGUAAGUAAACUCUCUGAAAGCCUGUGAUUCAGUCGCAAAAACUUAGCUUACCCCACCUUUGCUAUGGAAAAAUACUAGCCUUUGUACAUUUGUUCAAAUACCCCAAUAUCACUCAACUGUCCUGAUUUGAGCAGCACAUCACUGAUUCACAGAAGCCGCCCUUGCUUCUGUUUGAAUUCUGGGAUGUUCCACUUCCACUGCCUCACCUUCACUGCCUCCUCCUGGGUGGCCGGGACGGCCUUUGCCAUGGCCACCCCCGCACAGCCGGAAGUGGGAGCAGCACAUCUGGAAGUAGACACACUGCUUCUGCCAGCGAAGAGGAAUAGACCUUGAGAAGGCCAUGAGAAAACCUACUGAUGAAGCCAACCACCACCGAGGCAGCAGAGGACAGACAGACAGCAAAGGUUGUCAGGAGCUCGUCCUGCACUCAAGUAGGACCCUGGCAGAGACACAUGCCUGACUGGCAUGUUGCCUCCCUCCUGGUCGAUCGUUCGGGAGCUUCAAAAGCUUUCUUCUGCCCGAACAUCACAGCGACCGAUGCCAACCGACACCGGCACACUUAGGGAUCCGCAGAGUCUUCACAGCUUGAGUGACAGACCUCAGCAACUAAGCAGUUUGGCUAAUCUGCUUUAUUUACAUAUAAACACACACAGAGCACUGCAACAUGGCUCCCUCUCUCUCUAGCAUCAGACAGCAAAGAGAAAAAAGAACAAAGGACAAUAGUCCCACUUCACGGAACACAGUAACACAAAUAUCCUGUCUCCGUCACUUCCCACACUGUGGAGUCAAAACAUAUACCGUCAUGUGAAAGACAACAAUCCCAUGACUGCAGUCACGGAGCAGGAAUUCUAACAAAGGUAAGGCAGGGGCAGCAGAGGUGGAGCUAGCCUCUCCGGCACCCAGAACGGCACACAUGCUGUGCACCUGGAGGCAGGACCCAUAGGGGGUGGAGCCGCCCAUAGGGGGUGUGGCGAGCCGCCCAUGGCGGGCUGCUUCCUGGGUGGGGGAGCCACGCCGCUUUGCCAGCAGCCUUCCUCCAUUCCCUCUUCCUUUUGGCAGCUCAGGGGAGGCUUCCCUCCCCAGAAAGCAGCCCAGGAGUGGGGGGCAAAGGCGUGCUGCCCGCCUGUGACUCCCAAGCCUCCCCCGAGCUGUCAAAACGAAGGAAGAAGGGGGGAAGUCCACUGGCAAGGCCGCUCCACUCCUUCCCCUGACAGCUCGGGGUAGGCUUGGAAGUCGCAGGCAUGUGGCGUGCCAAAUGUCACCCCCCUCAGUGAUGGCACCCAGGGCACACCGCUCCCACUGCCGCCUUCCUCCGCCCCUGAGUGGCAGGCAAGGUUUGCUGUGGCUUGAAAAUUGGGCAGGUGGGGGCAAGAAAGAGCACAGCUUUGAGUGGGUGGGAGAAAGAGCAAGGAAUUUGUGCGGGUGGGGGGUCUAGAAAGAGCCUGUGCUCCCUGAUUGGCUGGGAUGGGCUAUGUGACUAAUCCAGGAAGGGGAAAGGAUGCAAUUCUUGAGGGGUUGUGCUGGUGCAGGAGUUGCAGCCAAUAAGAGAAACAACAGAGGAACAGGUGAAAAGGUGAUUUGGUUUCACAAUAAAUAAUUUUGACAAUAUUCAAAUUGUCAAAUUCAAUAUUCAAAUAUUGAGGUUCUAUAUUUGGCCUGAAAAGCAAAACUAGAAAAUAUUCGGUGCAGUCCUAAAACUUCCUAUUGCCUAGCAGAAUACCAGGGGGUUGGUAUUCAUAAGAGGUACCACUUUCUAGCCAAGCAUUGCAACACGUAUUAAUUUUUUCCAUGGUAAUUCAAGUUAAUUCAGUGUGUUUCUUUCUCCCUCUAGUGGCUAAGUUGUGCAAAAGUACUCAGAAGCCCCACAACCCUUGAGACUCCCUAGGCUUUUAACUUGGAACAAUGUUCUUUGAUGCCAUUUCAGGUCCGUCUUUACCAAACAGUGGGACACUCAAGACAGGAGUUUUUUCCUUCAGGGAAGAAAGCAGGAUUUGCCAACAAAGAGGGAAGGGAGGAAUUUACAAGUAAAUACAAUCAGCAGGGAUGGUGCGAUUAA